AUGAAUGGGUCAGAGAACUUGCUGUUCACUGGGUCUUCGUUAGCAUCACAAGUCCAUGCCGCUGCUGUCACCGGAGAUAAGGGUGCUCUUCACAGGCUCAUCUUAGGAAACUCUGCUCUUAAAGACAAAGAAGACCAAUUUGGGAGAACCCCUCUUAUGUAUUGUGUGUUGGCUGACAGAUUAGACUGUGCAGAUGCCCUCCUGAAGGCAGGAGCAGACGUUAAUAAAACUGACCAUAGCCAGCGGACAGCGCUUCAUCUUGCAGCUCAAAAGGGAAAUUAUCGUUUCAUGAAACUUUUACUCACACGAAGAGCCAAUUGGAUGCAGAAGGAUCUAGAAGAGAUGACUCCCUUGCACUUGACUACCCGACACAAAAGUCCUAAGUGUUUGGCGCUUCUGCUGAAAUUCAUGGCACCAGGAGAAGUAGACACACAGGAUAAAAAUAAGCAAACAGCUCUGCACUGGAGUGCCUACUACAACAACCCGGAGCACGUGAAGCUGCUUAUCAAGCAUGAUUCUAACAUCGGGAUUCCUGAUGUCGAAGGCAAGAUCCCACUUCACUGGGCAGCCAACCAUAAGGAUCCCAGUGCUGUUCAUACAGUGAAAUGCAUUCUGGAUGCCGCUCCUACAGAAUCCUUGCUGAACUGGCAAGACUAUGAGGGUCGAACACCUCUUCACUUUGCGGUCGCCGACGGGAAUGUGACAGUGGUGGAUGUCUUGACCUCUUAUGAAAGCUGCAAUAUAACAUCUUAUGAUAACUUAUUUAGAACCCCACUUCACUGGGCAGCUCUACUAGGUCAUGCCCAGAUUGUCCAUCUCCUUUUAGAGAGAAAUAAGUCUGGUACAAUUCCAUCUGAUAGCCAAGGAGCAACGCCCUUGCACUAUGCAGCUCAGAGUAAUUUUGCUGAAACGGUUAAAGUCUUUUUAAAACAUCCUUCAGUGAAAGAUGAUUCAGACCUUGAAGGGAGAACAUCCUUUUUGUGGGCUGCUGGGAAAGGCAGUGACGAUGUCCUUCGAACUAUGCUGAGUUUAAAAUCUGACAUUGAUAUUAACAUGACAGACAAAUAUGGAGGUACAGCUCUGCAUGCUGCGGCCCUUUCUGGCCAUGUCAGCACCGUGAAGUUGUUACUGGAAAAUAACGCUCAAGUAGAUGCUACUGAUGUCAUGAAACAUACACCACUUUUCCGAGCCUGUGAGAUGGGACACAAAGAAGUGAUUCAGACUCUUAUUAAAGGUGGAGCGAGAGUUGAUCUAGUUGACCAAGAUGGACAUUCUCUUCUGCACUGGGCAGCACUGGGAGGAAAUGCUGAUGUUUGCCAGAUAUUGAUAGAAAAUAAGAUCAAUCCAAACGUGCAAGACUAUGCAGGAAGAACGCCUUUGCAGUGUGCAGCCUAUGGGGGAUAUAUCAACUGUAUGGCAGUGCUUAUGGAAAAUAAUGCAGACCCCAACAUCCAAGACAAAGAGGGGAGAACAGCUUUGCACUGGUCCUGUAACAAUGGAUACCUUGAUGCCAUUAAACUACUGUUGGACUUUGCUGCUUUUCCUAAUCAGAUGGAAAACAACGAAGAGAGAUACACACCCUUGGACUAUGCUUUGCUUGGUGAACGCCAUGAAGUGAUUCAGUUCAUGAUAGAGCACGGUGCCCUGUCCAUCGCAGCCAUCCAGGACAUUGCUGCCUUCAAAAUCCAGGCUGUCUACAAAGGGUACAAGGUCAGAAAAGCUUUCCGAGACCGGAAGAAUCUCCUCAUGAAGCACGAACAGUUGAGAAAGGAUGCUGCUGCCAAGAAGCGUGAGGAAGAAAGCAAGCGAAAAGAGGCAGAACAGCAGAAGGGAAGGCUGAGCCCUGAUUCCUGCAGACCGCAGCCCCUUGCUCAUCAAACCAGCCCCCAGGAUCCUCAUAGAAGAGAUAGCUGGGCACCCAGACAGCCUCCCACCAGCAGCACAGCCCAGGCCUCCAAACAGAGAGACCGCCAGCCGUCCCCGGCAGGGUCUCCAGGCAGAGACCCCAAGCAGGAGCAGCGUGCUUCCUCGGAGCUGCAGGACUCGAACUCCAAAGAGCCAAAGGAGACAUCCGGAGAACAUUCCAAAGACCGACCUGCCUGUGUCCACUUCAAGUCGAAUGAAGGCAGUGAGGGACUCAGGCAUCCUGGAGCCUCCCGCCCUGAGAAAACUGGAGGUCAAGGUCAGCCAGCUGGUGAGCAGCGGUGUGAAAGAGGGAAGGGCUUCUGGAAGCAGCCCUCUGGCACCAGGGGUGUGGGGACUGGUGAGAAAGGACAGAGUCCCCGAGCAGCUGCGAGCCUGCCACCACAGGACCGUCACCCCGGGAAGCCCAGCAGGCAGUGUGACACAGUGCCCAAGGCCAAGCGUGCUCCCCAAAAAGCACGUGUUCAAGAACUCAAAGGAGGAAGGGGCUCCCCAGCCGGCUCUAGCCGGCCUGGCAGUGCCAAAGGGGAGAUGCUCCGUGCUGGGCAGACUGCCACCCACCAGCGAGCACCCAGAAGCAAAGUGAUGCAGGACAAGCCCGCAGGAGGGGUGGACUCAGCUUUGCCACCAAGCACAGAGGCGGUGAGAUCAGGACUCGGGAAGCUGGGGCUGGCCACGCUGCCCACGGACGCUCAGCCACUCCCUGCCCUCCUCUCUGCACAGAGGGUGAAUAUCGACCUUCUUCCCGUAGAGCUCCGGCUGCAAAUAAUCCAGCGAGAAAGAAGCCGGAAAGAGCUGUUCAGGAAAAAGAACAAGGCAGCAGCUGUCAUCCAGCGCACCUGGAGAAGGUAUCAACUCCAGAAGCGCCUUUCCCAGCUUCUGCAUCUGAAGCAGCGGGGAGCUGGAGAUGGGGAGAAAUGGAACAGAGAGUGUGUGGCCUUGCUCCUCCAGGUCUGGAGGAAAGAGCUGGAACUAAAGGCCCCAAAGACCAUCCCAGCAGGCAGGCCCACCAAGAGUCCAGUGAAGGGCAGCUCCGGCGUGAAGUCCGCCAAGCAUAUGGUGCUCAAGCAGAUCUAUGGUUGCUCUCAAGAAGGUAAAGUCCAUCAUCCCACAAGAUCUCCAAAAACCCCUUCUGUGCUGCAUCUCAAUUCGGUGAGCAGCUUGCAGUGUAUACACCUCCCCGAGAACAGUAGAAGAUCAAAGAACUUUUCUUACAACCUACAGUCAGCUACUCAGUCAAAAAGCAAAACAAAGCUUCAAGUGCCUACACCAGACGUUCUCCGGGGGAAAUGGAACAGCUAG